AGGUCAAAACGAUGGGCAACCUACCUAUCCCAGACUGGCUAGAAUUCGACUCAAAAGAAAACGUCCUUCAAGGCAUUCCCACCCCAAAACACGCCGGCCAGUCUUUCUUGGAGGUCACCGCCAGAGGCCCCACCGGCGAGGCGACGACCACCUUCUCCCUGUUCGUCCGUGAUGUCCCCUCGCACACCUCUGGUGCCCCGCUCAAGUUCAAGAAGUCUGGCCCGGAGUUCGUGCGCUGUAAGCGAGAAGAGCCCGAGACGGUGGCGACCAUCAUUCUCGACACGGAUAUUGAGCAGAUGAUGCCCUCAGACCGCCUCGCGCUCCUGAAGAGAUUCCUGGGUCACAUGGAGCUCCACGAGGAUAUGGUGAAGGUCCUACCUGUUGGACAGUCGUCCAUGCAUGACGGCUCAGCUCUCGUGUCUGGCACAGGUGACUGCACAUCUCCCAAAACAUCCGGAACCUUCAUGUCCUGGCCGGUAGGUUGUGGUCAGGUCAAGACAGGCCACUUCACCAUUCUACAGCGACUGGAUGAUGACUCCGGAAGUGGGCGUAUGGCUGAGAUGCUCAAGUGCCCCAUCAUUGGUUGGCACGUGACCAACAGCCACAUCCAGGCGCCCAAGAGGAAGAGGAGACAGGCCCUGGCCACCGCAACCCCCGUCAUGACCCCUGUCAUGCCCACAAAGACGGAGAAAGCUGAUGAUAAGACUGACGACGAGGGCGAGAAGAUGACGUGGACAGUGGUGGAGAUGGCUACACCGUCCAUGAUCCAGCCCACUGCCACCCAGCCCGAGAUGACCAAGACAGAGGACCCAAUGGUUGUGGAGCCACCAGUCAAAGAAGAGGAUGAGAAGCCCAUCAAACCCACAGAAAGAAUCCCUCCCGAGACGAAACCAGAAGUGACCCCAGCCAUCAAACCAACCUUGACCUACACAGAUGGUGACCCCACUGACCCUGUAGUGGUGGACACAUGCAUCCCAGGUCAAAGGCCUGAGACAAAGAACACAUUUGCCCGUCUCACGUACCAUGUUGGUGACGUCAUUGAUUUCCUCAUCCCCGAAGACGCGUUUGUGGACUGUGAGGUUGGCAACACGCGCGGUUUGGAGCUGAUGCUGUUCCAAGACACGUCCAAAACCCUCCCAACCAACUUCUUCAUCCAACUGGACAAACAGGGGCAGAGAAUUAUCGGACUCCCCAUGGCCUCAGACAUUGGUCGUUACAAGCUGAACUUGCUGGGUAAGAAGAAAGGCACGGCCCUCAUCAACAACUUCGACUUCACGCUGGUCAUCCGUCAGAUGAAGGGCAAGAAGAAGAUCAACCACGAGCUGAGUGUGACUGUGGACUUUGACUACCAGCAGUUUAUGUCUAGCGUGGAGAACCGCACUCGUCUGGCCAGCAAUAUCGCCAGUGUCUACGGAGACUCGGAUGCCAGCAAUCUUGUGGUGACCACUUUAGAGUCUGGUUCUGUGAUUUAUGGCUGGGCCAACAAGACCUUGACAUCUAAUGGGUGUCCAGUGGGUGCUAUCUCUGAUCUCGUCGGCAAACUGGUCAAGAAGGAUGGGAGUCUGACUGAUGAGGCUGUGGAGAAACUCAAACCAUUCACCCUCCUGGGGGCAGCUGCGCAGCCAGCCGGAAGCUGUGAGGGAAACCCCAAGUUCCCAGCCCGGGUCAGCAAACCCAAGAUGGAGCCCACCACCACCCCUCCCCCCAUGACGGACGCUCCUGAUGCAGUGACCACCAAGGCACCCAUGGUUGAUGGAGGUAAAGAUGACAAAGACGACGACAGCUCAGAGCCGGUUGAGGUACCAGAACCUGAUGAUUCUGGGGAGGCAGAUACAACAACGCCAAAGAAACCUGACGAUGAAGAUACUACAGAAGAAACCCUUGUUGGUGGAAAGAAGGGUGAUGAGGGUGACGAAGACGACAUCUGGAUCACCACUGUGGUGCCCGCUGUUGUUAUCGUGGUCAUCCUCUUGAUCGCGCUCCUGAUCGCCUGCAUCUUGUACCGCAAGAAGAGGAAGGGCAAGAUGAACAUGGAGGAGCAAAACACUUUCGUCAACAAAGGCGCGCCUGUUAUCUUCCCCGACGAGCUGGAGGAUAAGCCCAGUGACGUGAACAAACCUCUGCUGGUAGAAGGGAACGCCGGACCUCCGCCCCAGUACCACCGUGGCACUAGCGAGAGUCCUGAGCCAGAGGGAGCCAACAACCACACGGGCCGCAACAACGUCAACUCCGCGCCGAGCGAUGAUGUCAUCCAGGAGUACCCGGAGCGGCCGUACGAGCCACCAGCGCCCCCUGUGACAGGAUCAUCCAACAACAAGCAGCCCCGACCCACGCACCAACAGCAACCCUUCUCACAGCCUCCACAGAUUUUGCCAUAAGUUCCGUGCUCUGUAGAAUGUAGAAGUGUCACUAGAUACUCUGGGACGUCUGUUAUGUGAGAGCUUGGUAGUUAAGAUGAGGCUGUGGUCUUCACGGUUGCAGACUGGGAAUUGUACAAGAGAGUAAUGGAGAGCAGUAUGAUGAGAGAGAGUGUGAGAGAGAGAGAGAUAGGCAGAGAGAGAGAGAAAGAGAGAGAAAGAGGGAGAGACUGUGUAACUGAUUGAGGAGAAUAGAAAGGUUUGAGAUGGUUUGUGUGAUGAGUGAAGUAAAAAACUUGUGAGUUUGGUUGCUGAUUUGUAAUGAGUUUGUUUCUGAGCUUGACUCUUUGGCUGAGACAUUUCAAUAGUUUCAUUCUACUCCAUUGAACUUUGAACUCACUCUGGGUUUUUUUAAUGGUUUCCAGUUGACAUGAUUUUAUCAAUUAGUCAAUUUAAAAAAAAAGUGCUCUUUAAUUGUCGAUGGAAUAUUUUUCCAAAUGUAUUUCUCCUCUUCUGUGUUAUUUCACUCUGAAUGGAAGUUUUUUUUUCUUUGUAAUUUUUCUCUCAGGUGUGCAUACUGUUAUGAUGAGCAAUUCUAUGCUUUCCAAAAAGCAGUGAUUAGAUUUCGCUUUUCCUUCUUCGUUUCUCAUUUUUCAUAUAUAUGGACUUUGUUUAUUAUUCGAAAUCACAAGUGGGAAGGAGUUGGACAAUUUGAUCUGCUUUUUAAUGUGAUGGCUUUUAGAGGAAUCCAUAUUUACCUAAUAAUAGUUCCGGCGUGAUUUUACUUGUUGUGGUUUUAAUCUGAAUGGACCAUACUUCUUCUGCUCAUGGCAUUUUGUACCUCUCACUAAGUUUUUGGUUUUUGGCACAUGUUGCCAAUGCAUAUAUAUUAAAUGUGUAUGCCAUGUGAAUGAAAUUAUCCAAGCUUUCUUCCAAUUGCUGGAUUGGGUUUCUGUCACGUUCAUCUGAAUUUUAUCAUCUUAGAAAUAUUUUUAGUCCGUGGGAAGUCUUUCAUUUUCAUGGAAGCCUAGUCUACAGAGCAGUUAUACUAUAUGACAGAGACAAGGUCAUUGAGAGAGAGAAUUUUUCAUUCAUUUUGGAUUCACAGUUAGACAAAUAAGUUUUCUUUUCAAUUUAGAUGAUGAUUUUAAAUUAAUACUCUGCCUGUUCAGUAACCUAAAUUGUGGACUGCAAUUAGUAGAACUUGCAACAUGACUAACGUGUAAUAAGUGUGUUUCUUCAAGCCCAUAUGCAUGGCAUCUGGUGUGAUGAAUGUCCAUCAGAGGUGGUGAGGUCCGGUCCUUCAGUACUUUUCACAUUCCUCCAGAGAGAACGGAAUUAGGAGAGAAACUGUGUGUGCCAGCUGAUGACACCAGAUAGAUCUCAGAAAUGGUGCAACUGGGAGGUCGAGAUGGACUCUCAGAUAUGAUACAACUGAGAGGUUGAAUGGGCUCUCAGAUCACGAUACAGCUGGAAAUAUUACAGAUAUUUUUGUUUUUUGUUAGCUUGGUGUUAACCUUAUCAAAUUAUGUUUUUGAAUGAAACUCAAAAAAGACAAAAAUUUUAUUUUAAAAAUACCUUGAGCUGAAGCAAAUGUUUUCGAUCACAAGUGAUGGAUUGGUGAAGUUCGGAAGAAAGUUCAGUCAGAUAAGGUGUAGAUAAUGGUUAUAUGGUGUGAGUUUGACAACCCAUCAUCAUUCACGUAAAAGAUCAUCCUUGUUGGAUUGUUUGUGUACACAGCAGUAGCUGAAAUGUGUUUGUAUGUGUAAAGCUUUGCUAAGGUUCUAUGAAAACCUUUGACUUCACUGUAUGAUAUUGCUGAAACUGAAAGUGGCAGAGUAUGCAUAUUGCAGAGAUCCACAUUUUUUCACGAUAAAUUAAAGUAAGGAUAUUUUUAGCUGAGUUUAUUUGAAAAAAGAAAGAAGAGCUUUCAGAUUUUUGUCUCAUUACUUGACAGCAAACCUCCACUAAAGUUAAAGUAUACUCAAACAGCACUGUUGAAGCUUUCAGAUUUAGUCCUUCUACUUGAAAACAAGUACAUGUAUAGAAAUGCAUAGAUAUACAUCUAUAGAAAUAUGUGUAGACGAAAAACAAAAUAGCAACAAUAUUUGCUGGUUGUGCUAUUUCCAUCUGGGAUAUUUCAAUAGACACAAAGGUUUAUUUUGCGUUUGAGAGUGUGUAUGUCAUAUUGUACUGGACCUGCUCUUGUGUCAAUUAUUGCUUGUGUACCAUAUUUAUUCCUGUGCUGCUGUUUUGACCUGUAUGGACAUACAUGCUUUGUAAAAUGACUGGAUUCCUGCAGCCUUCUGUUGAGCUAUGCUAACUGUGCCCUGUCUAUAUCCAUGCACUCCAUUGGUCCUAUUUGUCAGUGUGUAUUACGGUUUUACUGUGUAUGUUUUUGCUCCUUCUUUGUUUACACAGCAGAUACCAGUCUACACUUAGGUGGAAUGUGGAACUCCCAAUGAAGUACAUGUUUUUCCAUUACAAGUGAAGGGUUUUUUUUGCUGUCAUUUCAUCUUUUUUAUAUAUUUCCUUUGCACUUGUUGGCCUUUCAAUGUUGACAGUGUUAGCGAUGCAAAGGUCAUUCCUUCCGCAGAUGGCAAAAGUAUAGAAUCAUUACUGGUCAUGGAACCAGCCAUCCAUCCUCCUGUGCUGAUUUCUAUAAAAAGAAUAAAAAUAGUAUUGAAUCAAAGACUAAGAGAGAUCAUAUAGAAAUGUCAAUUUUAUCAUGGAACCAUGCUUUUGUGUAACAUGAUACUUUCAGCAUCUGCUAGAAUUGGCUGUACCGUUAUUAAUUAUAUUUGUUAUCACAAUUUCCAUCUUUGAUAUUGUAUUGAAAGUUUCACACAGACAAAAGUGGAGAUCAGAGAUAACAUUGAACAUUUAUACAGAUGACCAAAAGUGAGUGUGAGAGCCCACCAUCCGUUUGAUGACAUACAGACAAGUUGUUUUACUCAUAUGCCAUAAAGUCCACAACACAACUGUGUCGCUUGCACUCUUCCGUGUCUUAUUCCUUAACUUACAAACACCUAACAGCUUUUGAGAAUAAAUGUAAUUAAAUUUUCAUGGGAAAAUUAAACAAACUGUUGGUCUCUUAAGAAAGUAACACAUAGGUACUUUUGAAUAUAAAUUUAGGUCAACAUAGAUUUUUAAAAUUUCUCAUGUGAUUUGUGGUAAGCAUAAAAUGUGUUGCAAUGUUAAGCCGUUUCCAAGGCAACCAGUCUGAAAUUUAGUUUCUAAUGCUUUUUUAGCAUCCUUUUCCUCUAGGGCUUUCUAUGAUGGUUUCAAGGUCUUGUCGUAAACUCAGCACAUAGUUCAUUCCCUAGGUAUUUGUUUCCACUUCUUGUGCCAUUAAACUGUCUUUUCUCCUCUGAUCCUAAAGAUACAUGUAGAAAGAAAGACUAAGAGAGAGAAGGUGGAGUUGGGGUGAAGUCAGUGACACCAAAGGUCUUGUGGUGCCAUACACAACCAGUUCAAUGGUAAUCUCAUUUUUUUUCCCUUCUCAUCAACUCAGAAGCUGGAAAUAAUACAAGAUGUCAUAAUUAUAUCCAAAUACUUAUCUUUUUUUUGAAGAAAUAGAAACCAAAAGUGUUGAAACCAGCAAUUAGUUGAAGUAAAAUUUUCUCUAAAUUUUAUUGAACACAGAAUUAUGUACAAAUGAAGCUACCAUUUUAACAUUUCGUUUCUUUCAUGCGUAGUAAGCCUGAUUAGACUGCUAAUGGCCAUAGUAUAGAUAUUUAAAAAUUUUGCACAAUUUUAACUUCCAGUUGUAUUAUUUCCCAGCUGCAUACUUUUAUUUCUUCAGCUUUAUGAGUUUCUCUUGCAGCUUUCUUUGGCUUGUGGGAGAUUUUUCUACUUUUGCUCAGGUGUUAUUUAUAUACAACUCCACACUUUGUUCACAGACUGUUGUCCCGUGUUAGUCUCUGUUUAGAAGAAAUUUCUGCUUGUCAUAACACUUGGUGUCGAAGAUGUGUCAAAUAUUUUCUUGUGUGGCCAACAUGCCCCCUGGUUAUGGAAAAGCAUUAGGCGUGGAUCUUUGUGCUUUUGUCUGUAUCUGUUCUGACAUAUGGCAACUUUGUGUCAGUGGCAACUGCCAACUGCAUUGAUGUGGAUGUCAUUGACAUGGGAUUAUUAUGUCAAUGUCAAGUACAAGUAGUGGCUACAUUGGUGCCAAUGACAUAAAGUUGGCAAAGGUGUUGGCAUCAGUGACAACUGUCAACUGUGUAGGUGUUGGUGUCAGUGACAUGUGACAGCUGUAUAGAUGUCAGUGACAUUUGACAGCUGUAUAGGUGACAAUGACUAGUGUCAGCUUUUGUAAGUGUUAAUGUUGGUGUCAUUGACACUUUGUCAACUGUGUCGGUGUCAAUCAGUGAUGACGAUGUUGGUGUUGGUGUUAAAGGCAAUUGGCUAUUAUGUCAGUUUCAUUGGCAACUAUCUUAGUGCCAGUGCCAACUGACAUCUACAUCAGUGCCAAUGACAACUGACAAGUACUUGUAUUUUCCAAGUGUGUUUGUAUCCUAGUCGGGAUGAGUUGGGAAACUACGCAGUCAGAUCACAUUUCACGGCUUUAUAAACACAUCCUGUACUUUAAAGCAUCUCACAGUCUUUUCAAGAUGUAUUUCAAUCUUUGUUUGCUUGUUUGUUUUUUCUGUGUAAUCAACAACAUGUAAGUUCCAUAAUAUUCAAUAAUGACAGCCAUUACCAUUGAGAAAAAUAAACACAAGUAGUAUUACUGUGGUCUUCAUUGCCUUGGAUGUCACCGAACACUGGUGCUGUGAAAAACUGUUACAUUUUUAUUUUCAUUUUUUCCCCCCCCCCCUUUUUUUUUUGUUCCGAAUAAUAUUGUUUCUCAUUGUUGAAAGAAAUUGUGUGAUGAACUUUGUUUUUUCAUUUUUUUACCCCCACUUGUGUACUACUGUACCUUGAUUUCAGCUAAUUUGUUGUGAGCUCAUUUGUGCGUCUUGUAUAUCCGUUUCUCUCUUUGAUAAGAGCUCAUCUUUGUGCCUAGUAUUACCGUCUCUCUCUCAAUCUCUCCUGUCAUUCUAAGGUUACUAUGUAGAGUAACCUUAUAGUGUAUCUGAUGAGUCUUUAGUGAUAUCGUUUGUAGAAUCUUUUGCUUUUUUGUCUUGCUGAUGUUCAUGUAACUAUGGGAUAUUAUUUGAUUUCUCUUUGCUCGUUGAGAAUUUCCUUAUAAAUCACUUCCAUUUUUCGUUGUUGUCAGUGUUUUUUUUAAUUUCUUCCAUGUUUCUGGCAAUUCGUUUUGAUUUACGGUCUGGCUGUGUAUGGAAGAGUUUGAUGAAAGUGUUCUCAAGCAAUUAGUUGUGAGUUUUUGUGUUUGGAAUUCUUGUCAGUAUGGCAGGGAAAAUUGGCGCUUUUGGACAAUUCUGCGUCAACUGUUGUUUUUGCAGUUUAGUAAGUACAAGUAUUUCUGUCGGUAAUGCUUUCUCAUCCACGUAUCUUUUUGGUUGGGAGUGUUGUCCAAAAUGAAGAGCUACUUGUUUCGUUUGAUAGAUCAUGAAUCAGCAUAAUGAUUUUGUGUGAACUAUGCUUCCCAAACCUUCGACAUUUAGUUUUUCAUUCAUGCCUUUUCACUUGGAACACAUCUGGAUCUACUACAGAAUUCAGAUAUAGUAGGUCAGUUCUUUUAGCCAUGAGAUGAAAACAAUAUUUGCUUUGAAGAGUUACUAACCUUACUUAGGUGGUCGUACUUUAGUGUGACAGUUGUGUUUCCUAUAGGGCCUAUCUUGAACAUCCCCUUCCCCCACCAUGCCCUUCCACCUCCCCUCUCCCUCCCCCCUCUGACUAUACUCUCUGCAUAGGCCAACGGCCAUUGAUGUACAAUUGAUGCAGUUAUUUAUUCUCAACUUUACUCCCAUGAAUGGUUCAUUUCAGUUUUGUUGUUUUGCUUUAGAAAUUUUUUGGGGUUUUUUUUUCCUUUCUGGAGGAAUGGCUCAGAACUAGUCUUGUGGUUUGUGUAUGCUGCCGGUUGAGAAAGUUUUAAUUUUUUGUUUUUACUUGAUUUACUCUACAUUGAAAGUUGACUUAGUUGUCAACUCUAUCACAGCUUGCAUGAUUAUGAGGAUUUCCUUCUGUCACGGCUGUAAAGGAUUUUCUUGUUUUGUCAUGAUGCUCAAAUGUUCUCACAGAGAGCAUUUAUAUUAAAUUCUUGGUGACUGGUUGGAGGGGAUGGGAGUGGGAGUUGGGGGAUGUGAGGUAGGGAGUCAUGACUUCUAGUUUAAGUUUUAGAUUUUCCUGAAGUGUGAGCAGCCACACUUUAUGUGGGCACAUUUUUAGAAUUUGAUUGUGUGCUUUUUGUGUGUGUGUGUGUGUGUGUGUGUGUUUGUGUGUGUGUGAGAGAGAGAGAGAGAGAGAGAGAGAAAGUUAUAGAGAGAAAAAUGUAUGAAGCAGACAGAUGAGGCGAGAUCUGUGUUACGAGAAUACGAGAAUGGUUUGCUGGUGUAUAAAUACAAACACUUCUUCCUCUGCCUUAUUUAUUAUCAUAACAUUGUCGCUGGCUUGACCUACCAAGCUCUAAGUUUUUACAUUAUUAUUAUUAUUAUCGUUGCUGUUGACGUUAUUAUCAUUACUAUUAUUAAUUAUAUAACUGUUACUGUUAUUUUUAUCAUUAUUAUUAUUAUUAUUAUUAUUAUUAUUACUAUUUUAAUUAUUUUUGUUAUUUACACUCACUGUGUUUCCAGUUAUGAAAAAGGUUUAUUUAUCAAUUUUGUAUUCAACUAGAUUUUUAUCCUUGACUACAUUACACAUGGACAAGACUUUUUUGACAUUUGUCCUCACAUAAUGCAUGUGUGGAGCAUUCUUUGGCCCACACAAGACGUUCUUUGUGUGUGUGUGUGUGUUUGUGUGGGUGUUUAUGUUGUUUGUACAUUUUUACCGUAUACAUUGAUGAAAGAUUUGUUUUGAUUUUUUUUUUUGUCAGGGGGGUUUGGCUUGGCUUCUCACUUUUGGACAAUUGUUUUUCAAAUAUGCCUCUCGGUAAUAUCUGGAGGUAUUUGGAUAGAUCCAAAGUUCUCUCAGAAACAAGAUGUUUAGGAUGGAUUUAGAUUAAUAUUGUAGGAAUGGUACAGUUUUUCUCUGGAUGUAAAAAAGAUUUUUUAUCCUUACUUUCCUGAAAUCUGCAGUUGUUUUUAUUCAAGAUUGUGUCAUUUACUUGAGGCUUUACCAAAUAUUUUAUUACAGUUGUAAUCAAUCCAUUCUUCCUGUAAUUUUAUCAGCAUUUUGUGGAUUUCUGUGAAUGCCGAAGAUGCAAUCCUAGAGUGUGAGUCUCGCUGAUGGAAGGAAGGAAGGAAGGAAAGAAUAUGAUUAAUUAUUGGUAUGCGUAUCUUUGUACAUCAUAACCCAUCAUUAACCAUCAUACUUUUCCACAUCAUUUCUGUCAUGAGCUGAGGUGCGACCGUUAGCAGAUAACACAUACUGACCGCAGACAUUUCUGAGUGUAUCCCGUUUCUCUUUCUCCUCUGAAGUAUUCAUGUUUGAAUAUUUUUUAUUUUGGAAAAUUAUGUGCAAAACCCUUCGGUUUGUCUUCACGUUAUGUACAGUCAGAGGCAGUGUUUUGGUGGAUUGACCAGAAGUUUUUUUUUUACUUUAGAAGUAAAAUUAAUUCUCCGUGAUGUUGUUGUACAAGGAAAAUGUUAAGAGACAGGUCAGAAUGUCAAGGUAAUUCCCAAGUUUUAUACUUCUUUGUCAAGUGUUAGCAUUCAACACAAAGUUAGUCAAUGGUGUGUCUCGUUCAGGAGUUUCAUUGAAUUAAAUUAUUUGACUCUUAAAUAGGAAAGUUUGUUGUUAUCUGCUAGAGGUGUCAGCUCAGUCAAUAGUUUUUUAAAAGUAAUGAUCAUGCUUGGGCAUACUAUUGUUAUCGUUUUUCUCGUCGUUGUUGUUGUUGUUGUCGUUGUCGUUGUCGUUGUGAUUGUUGUUGUGACGUACCUAACCGUGAAUGUUUCCGUCUUGAAGUCUUUAUGCUGAGCGGACAAGCCAUACUAUACCAAUUGAAUUGACCGUACUUUUGUAUAGCUAAGCAUUGUUAUAACGAUGUAUGAUACUGACGUGUAGCCCGAUCCAUUAAAAACAAAACUUGUACUGUCCACAUA